ACGUUCUCCGCUAAGACACUCCCACAUGGUGAUGAGCAAGGAAGGAGAAGUUGUCUGCGUCACCGGCGCCAGCGGCUUCAUCGGCUCUUGGCUCGUCCACUUUCUCCUCCACCGCGGCUACGCCGUCCGAGCCACUGUAAAAAAUCUAGGUUCUGCUCCUCUCCAUGUACCACCACUCGUUCAGAGUUCGCUGAUACUCGAUCUUUUUGCUAACUGUGAAUUAUUAGGAGAUGAGAGAGAAACGAAGCACUUGGAAGCCAUGGAAGGAGCUGAUUCCCGCCUUCGCCUCUUCCAGAUUGAUCUGCUUGAUUAUGACUCCAUUGUUGCCGCAGUCAGCGGCGCCGCCGGCGUCUUCCACCUAGCUUCCCCCUGUAUUAUCGAUCAAAUCGAAGAUCCUCAGGCGGAGUUGUUGGACCCUGCAAUUAAGGGGACCAUAAAUGUACUAAAAGCAGCCAAAAAUCACAACGUCAGGCGCGUGGUUGUCACAUCUUCUAUAUCUGCCAUGAUUCCAAGCUCCAACAGUCUGGCAGAUGCCGGUGAAGGUUGCUGGAUUGAUGAGGAUUACUGCCGCCAAAAUGGGUUUUUGUAUUCUGUGUCUAAAGCGCUUGCUGAGAAAGCUGCAUGGCAAUUUGCGGAGGAAAAUGGCGUGGACGUAGUCGUGCUGAAUCCAGGAGUGGUGGCUGGUCCUAUACUCACCCCAGCUAUAAAUACCAGCAUGACAUUGAUCCUUCACGUACUCCAGGGCAAAGAUUUUCCAGAAGAACUGUUCGAGGCAUUAGUACAUGUGAAAGAUGUGGCUCUUGCUCACAUACUGUUGUAUGAAAACACAUCCGCUGCUGGAAGGCAUCUGUGUGUCGAAUCAUUGUCUUGUUACGAUGACUUUGCCCAAUUGAUGGAGAGACUCUACCCUGAAUACAAGCUGCCCAGGUUUCUUAAAGAUACACUGCGUGGAUCAGUGAAGAGCAAUGCAGCAUCGAAGAAACUGAUAGAUUUGGGCAUGGAAUUUACUCCCAUGGAGCAGAUUAUCAAGGAUUCUAUUGAAAGUUUGAGGAGCAAAGGAUUUCUUUCUUGAAAGAGUGUGUGGAAUGCUUGUGUGAUGUCAAUAUUUGCUUUGAUCUUUGCGGGGAACUGUCAUUUCCUUGAUCUUUCUUGAGAAUUUAAUUAUUGUGAGAAAACAAAUUUAGGUUUGGAUGAGUAUAUACCUAUAUUUACAUCA